AUGCCAUCAAAGGCAGUAUCCCAAGCUCUUGUGGCGCCGUCAGGUCUUUUGGCUCCGCCUGGAGAGGGUGAGCCUCCACGCUCACAGACGUGUGGGGUGUCACCGCGCUUCGCGGUCUUGCCUGAUGAUCCGACCCCGCGACCCAGCUGUUCAGGGAAUGACACGAAGGGUCAUGCCAGGAAAGACGCCGCUACUGAUAGAGCCCGGCCCAUUUGCGAAAUCGGUAUAUCGGCACAUGACGAAUUUCGGACGACUUCUACACGCGCUGAGGCCCUAUGCACUGGACGCAAAGGAAUCAGACUCGGCGCUGGCAGGCCUCCGCCUCAACAUGCACAUUUUGAAGGCGUUCGCUUCAUGCCGCCCGCGGAUCGCAGUCAUUUGGUGCCGAUGCCAUUUGACGACGAGCUAUCGCUUGUCACACUGCAGACCUCGAGCCCCGAUCCCGAUCUCAGUCUACUUCAACAGUCUGCCAGCAAAGAAAUACCACGCGAGAGUCCCGCAUCGACACAGCGAGCUUUACCCGACGCCACCAACAUCACAAGUCACGCCAACCAACGUGCGUUGUCAAGCUCUCGCGCGCCGAAUCAGGCCGAUGAGGAAGUCGCCGAGCCGACAAUCAGCCGCAGGGCUCAUCUACGCGCCCUCAAAGAAGCGCAGGAGCAUUUCAAAGCUCAGUUGGCGAAAGAGAUAGCAGAUCUAAGAGCUCGGGUCUCCAGGCAGACCGACUUCCAGUCUCCUUCAGCAAGUCGUCGUGGCCCGCCUGGCGACUUUCGUUGGACCACUACCCAAGACCUCGUUACUGACGUCACCGAUCCCAGCACGGGCGGAUUAGAAGAUGUGCAGGUAGGAGCAGGGGAUGCUGCAGAGGAGCGUCCCGGCUGGAAAUCACGCAUGUUCCCGCGUAUAGGAUUUGCAAAACAAGACCAGAUCCGCCACGCCGCGUUGGACAGUGAACAGCACCAUGCAGGCAGACCAAAGAGGACGCCAUCGCCCCCGCCGUCUUCCGAGGCACCUGGCACGGUAUCCGAGACGGAGUCCGAAGGAGUGCACUCAACAAGCGAUGCCUCGUCACCAGCAGACAGAGAAGUCAGAACCGCUCAUCGAGUUACCUCUCGUAACAUCCCACCUCAUCGCAACGCUGCUAGUGCCAUGCACAAGGUAUCGAAGACGAACAGCAGAAUGCAAAUUCCGACCAAGGGCGGCAAGGCUGCCACCACAAGCAAGGUCGUCGCCCCGGAGAACGAUAGCGUCACAGAAUCUGACGAAGACGAUCCCUCUGUCUCCCAUUUGCAUAGUCGGAAACAUCACCCGGCAAAGCGCAGUCAGCGCCCAAAGGCUGCUCGUACCUCCGCCAAAGACUCUGCUGCUGGCCGAUCCGGCAAGCGCCCUUCGAACGAUGCGCCAUCGAGCAAUGCCACUAUCGAGAGAGAGACAGCAUCUGCCUCAAUAAGAUCUCGAUUUACCGAUAGGUCCUUCAGCGAGCCAAACUUGCUUAGUACCGCUGGCAACGAGAACGCUUCGGCACCGAGCAGUCAGCCUGCGCGACGCGCUCAAAAGAAAAAAAUGGUCAAGUCUGGUCUGCCGUGCGUUGCCUAUAUAGAUGCAAUCUGUUGGCGAUAGACAUCGCAGCUUACGCUGUCUUACUCCUCUCUCUUCUGCAGCAUUUUUGCUGACUGUACCUUUCUCAUCGUCGGAGAGUACGGCAGACGAGUCAAGACCUUCGGAGAGCUGGUGAGGCGCGCCUUUUAAGGGUGAUAUGCACGUCCAACUGACCUGCUGCUGCUUCCACAGGCAUCUCGUCACGGUGCUUCCAUCGUGCACGACUUCAGCAUUGCUUCUCGCCUCAUCGUCACGCACAUCAUCGGCGUUCCCAACACAGGAGAGCAAGGAUCGGAACGCGAGAUUGCAAGCUGGGCGCGCGCUUUGUUCCCUGCAGAAGCUGAGCUGAUUCGGCUCGGUACCGACGUUCGGGGCAGACCAGAGCUGCGUGGAAAGCAUUUCGUGGACGUGCGAUGGAUGGAGCAAUGCAUACUGGUGAGUGGCCACGCUGUCGAACCCUCGUGGCUCUAGCGAGGGAAGCAGGUCGCAUCAAGUGCUGACGCUGCAGCUUUUGCCGUCUUCAGAAUUGUCUUCGCAAGGAGCAGCUGCUCUGUGCUGCUCCGUAUCGUGUACUGUAA